AUUUGCAUAAUUAUGAAUAGGACAUCGAAACGAAGCAGCUGUAACAUUGUUAAACUGUAACUCAUUUUUUUUCGUUUCAGUUUCCUGGAACGCAGAAGACAUUGUUUGCACAGCGUCGUUUGUUGGUACAACAACUCGUGACACUGGAGAAAGAUUAGUGACUGAUAAAGUUCUGAUAAACUUCUUAAAUGUAUCGACGUGUAUGAUUUUGUGCGGCUCGCUAACGGAAACCGUUAAAGUGUGUGAGUAGGUUGCAGGUAAAGAGCUACAAUGUGACAUAGUUCAUGUAGGCUACAUUGUGUCCGUGGCGCGAAGAUAAGUAGGGUGCCGAACAUGGAUUAGGAUUUAGUGCUACUGGGACAGAAUGAAGCCCUGGACACUUUAAUUUGACCUUGAUUUUUUAUUUUUUUUAUCUGGGUGUUAUUGAUAAUCCAUCAAGAUAGCUACUCGAAUCGGUUAAAUCCUUUUUUAACAUCACGUUUAUGGAGAAGUACUAUUUCAAUAAACUUUGACCAAGGAAGCCAAUCGCUGGAUGACAGAAAAAGACCGUUGACAUUUGACUUGGCUAGUUAAAUUUGGUCAACCCUGUUAAACAUUUUGAAAUAAAAAGUUGAUUCAAGCAAAAUAGGGGAACUUCUACAUUGCGCAAAGUUAUCAGAAGCCAGUUCAUGGUGAAUUUGGUGGAUCUGGUUUGGUAAUGCACCAUGAUGCUGUUGUAGCCCACGGGGUAUGAACGUAUCUCGUGAAGGAGGAAGGGAGACACGAUGGCACUUUCCCGGAGAAGGAAUCGGUGGAAGUUGAUAGUUUGCCUUUUUGGGGCGUCUAUAGUGGGAUAUUUUAUUUUAAACAGGCAUAAUAAUCCCGGUGACAUAGCUGGAACAAGUCGAAGAGAGGUUCCCACUGAGCAAGACAUUGCAAAUGAAAUGCUUAAAAAGCCUGUUUAUGACAAACCCCAGUUGGAUUUAAAUGCCUUGGGAGAAAUGGGCAGAGCUGUCAAAUUGAACCUCGUUGGAGAGGAGAAGAAAAAAGAAGAGGAAAGUAUAAAUAAACACCAGAUUAAUACCUAUGUGAGUGAUCUGGUAUCUCUCCACCGCAGUCUACCCGAACGAUGGAAUCCUCUUUGUAAGGACCAGAAGUAUGACUAUAGGUCAUUGCCAUCCACGUCAGUGGUGAUCGCCUUCUACAACGAGGCCUGGUCCACGCUGCUACGUACUGUCCAUAGUGUCCUGGAGACCUCACCCGACAGACUGCUACGAGAGGUGGUGCUGGUGGACGACUAUAGUGACAGAGCUCAUUUGAAGGAGCCCUUAGAAAACUACAUCUCCAACUUGAAGAAGGUGCAUCUGAUCCGGGCCAGGAAGAGGGAGGGCCUGGUGCGGGCCAGGCUCUUGGGGGCCUCCAUCGCCACGGGCGAUGUGCUGACCUUUCUCGACUGCCACUGUGAAUGUCACAAGGGCUGGCUGGAGCCCCUGCUCGACAGGAUAAAGGAGGAGCCGUCCGCUGUGGUGUGUCCCGUCAUUGAUGUCAUCGACUGGAACACCUUCCAGUAUCUAGGCAACCCCGGGGAACCCCAGAUCGGAGGGUUUGAUUGGCGGUUGGUCUUCACCUGGCACUCGGUGCCAGAGUAUGAGCAGAAACGCAGGCGCUCUGCCAUUGAUGUCAUCAGGUCUCCUACGAUGGCUGGAGGGCUGUUUGCUGUCAGUAAGAACUAUUUCCAUUACCUGGGCACGUAUGACACAGGCAUGGAGGUGUGGGGAGGAGAGAACCUAGAGUUCUCAUUCAGGAUCUGGCAGUGUGGGGGCAGCCUGGAGAUCCACCCCUGCUCCCACGUGGGCCACGUCUUCCCCAAGAAGGCCCCCUAUUCGCGGAGCAAGGCCCUGGCCAACAGCGUGCGUGCUGCCGAGGUCUGGAUGGAUGACUACAAGGAGUUGUACUACCACCGUAACCCCCACGCUCGCCUGGAAGCCUUUGGGGACGUGACAGACAGGAGGAGGCUCAGGACCCAGCUGGGAUGUAAGGACUUCAAGUGGUACCUGGAGAACAUCUAUCCUGAUAUCCACGUCCCUGAGGACAACCCUGGGAUGUUUGGAAUGCUGAAGAACAGAGGCAUGUCCAGCUACUGCUUUGACUACAACCCUCCUGACGACCAUAACCUGGUGGGCCACCGGAUCAUCCUCUACCCCUGUCAUGGCAUGGGACAAAACCAGUUCUUUGAGUACUCCAAUGAGAGUAGGGAGAUCCGCUAUAACACCAGGGAGCCAGCAGGGUGUGCUGUGGGGGACGCCGUCUCCAACUACCUGACUGUGCACCUGUGCAGGAAACCCCGGCAGACUGUCCCGCAGGACCAGAAGUUUGUCCUCAGAGAGGACGACACCUUCUUCCAUGUGAUGACGCAGAAGUGUGUCCAGGCCGUGGACAAGACUGACAACGGCACCCCUGCCCCCGCCCUGCGGCCUUGCUCAGACCACGCCAACCAGAAGUGGUUUUUUGAGGAGAGGGGGGCGUAGUGGAGUGGGCCAGCCGAAAUCCCUAUCCCUGGGGUAGAGGGUCAACCAAACUCUUAACCCUGGGAUAGAGGGUGACAGCUGGAGGGCCCCAAAGACCAAUACUCAGGUCCAGCGUCCUUAUGCCGUGGAGAUGACCUGGGUCGUAUUCACAAGAUAGAAAACAGAAGAAAAUGGUCCAAAACGGGGAGGUUCUAUCUGAAGUAGUCCAAUAGGCAUCAUUUGUUUUCUGUUGCACACUGUUUUUAAAUGUUGUGCUCUAAUGAAUAUGACCCUGGUCAGGCAAACUGUUCUCACCUCCUGUAUCUAUGCACAACCGUGUGCUUGCUGGACAACGUUGACGUUUUCGCACACUUGAUAUUAACUCAUACCACAUCUACUUCUCAAAUCUUUUUUUGUCGAUAUUUGUUGUGAAAACCUGGAAGACGAAGGAUGUUGGAAUGGACAGAUAUUUAACACAUUUUUAUGUGUGGGAUUUAAUUACCUGUCUGUUCAUCUGACUGAAAGCCACUCCUACUUUUUAUUCUCACUUUCGUUCUUACCUCUCUUUCUCUGGAACACAGGAGCACUUAGCAGCUGGUUGUGAAUGUUUUUGGCAUUGCAGUGAUCAUGACAGACUCUUAUGUACUUGCGCAUUACAUUAUAGCUGGAAAUCUCAGACUCAACCUCUAGAUGGAGCCAAAGCUUCCAUCUUGUGUGCUGACCUUUUUCACUCCAUCCAGCAUGUUAUCAGCUCAGUGAUGUGAGUGGUUAAUUGUUCAGGUAUUUUUGGAGCAAGUAUUUUGUUUUCUACAUGUAUUUUUUAUUUUAAAUACGUGCGUACUACUUCAACCAGUCCCUCCAGGAUGUUGUUAUUUUUUUGGUGACAUUUGCCGACCAAAAAUCGUGCAUGGCAGUAUGCAACAAUUCUGUUCAAGUUGUCGCGAAAGUGCGCUGACGAGGGAAACAUUUGUUGCAGUGUAGCUUGAUUGAACCAUAUUAUGCUGUGAUUGGUUAAUUUGCGCGCCCUCUUUUUGUAACGCCGUGAUGGAUCUGUUUUAUGCGGUAAUAUUGCAAUGAUUUGACUUUUUUAUGCAGCAAUUAGUGUGGUUAUUGGUUUGCAAGCCCUCUCAAAAUAUGUGGUGAAAUUUUUGAUUGCACACAAAACAAUAAGACAACACACAGUACCUCUUUAGCCACACAAUUACUGGUAGUAGGAGAAAUUCCACUCCGGUCUUUAGUUGUGUUCAAGAAUCACAAUUAUGAAUUUGGAUAACUCACGGUAAGCAAUUUAAACAUUUCUGAAAGAAGGAAUACUUGUGGUUUUUCAGUGUUUUUUGGUCUAACAUACAUCUUGUCAAUGAAAUUGACUCCUAGUGAGAUUGUUAUUUUCCUAAUAGAGUGAAGCUACGAAGACUUAACGUAGCUAUAUUCUGUGUGUUAAUUAUAUUACAAUUCUUGUUUAUUUUAAAUGAUAUAUUUACUCAAAUGUUUAUUUACUUAUUGAUCAUCGUUGAUGUCAGCGUGGAUUUGUUAAUUCAGCACUAAUUUAAAUGAGCCACUUGACUUUAUGUAUUGCAACUGCAACAACAAAAUGGAGAAAACAAUUGUUGACAAUAAACGUCACUUAAGGCCAUCAUUUGGGCCAUUUCACCCAGAAGUGCCUUACCUGAUGCAGAAAGAGAUAUGGAAAGAUAAGCAUGGAAUUAUAAAACAAAUCCACAUUUUUGUUAAAAGAGAUUAAGGACAAAUCUCAAAUGAUACCUACCUUAUCCCUAUAUACUAUAGUGCAGGGGUACUCGACUACUAUUUGAGAAGGUCCGGUCACAUACAUUUCCUCUGUGGCAAUGGUCCGGAUGGAUAUUGUCAUUUGUCGUAGUAACAAUCCCCAAUGUUGUGACCUCCGAGCUGUUCAAACCGUUUACACCCCUCUUUUUGCCAGAUAUAAAAAAUAAAGUUGCCGUUUUUUAAACUAAGUUCCUGCAAUUCUACACAUUUUUACAUGUCUUAUGUGUGUUCAUAUGAUGCCUAAGUGGCUCAACAAAAUCAGUUGGGGUUCCCUUGGGAUGGUGGCCCCUGGGCAUGUAAUCUGGCCAUGAUCACUACAAGAUGUAGGUGGCUGGUUAACUUUCCUAUCUAGUUGACAUGCGCUUGUGGUAAUUAACUGGACAUUUUUCGGACAGGUUAUAAAUAGCUCUCUAAGGUCUGUCAGUGGAGGAAGGAAAACUGUCUAUACACAACCAAAUGUCAAGAUGUUACCUUGUGCAUUCUACUAUUAUAACUCUCAACCGUAGUAAGUUUAAUUUCCCAAAAAAGAAAUGCUAUUUAUUUAGUCAGGACCUGCGGUCCGUAUUGACUCCGUUCUGGGUCCGGAUCUAGUCACGACCUGCGGUCCGUAUUGACCCGUUCUGGGUCCGGAUCUAGUCAGGACCUGCGGUCCAUAUUGACCCGUUCUGGGUCCGGAUCUAGUCAGGACCUGCAGUCCAUAUUGACCCGUUCUGGGUCCGGAUCUAGUCAGGACCUGCAGUCCGUAUUGACCCGUUCUGGGUCCGGAUCUAGUCAGGACCUGCAGUCCGUAUUGACUCCGUUCUGGGUCCAGAUCUAGUCAGGACCUGCGGUCCGUAUUGACUCCGUUCUGGGUCCGGAUCUAGUCAGGACCUGCGGUCCGUAUUGACCCGUUCUGGGUCCAGAUCUAGAACCACCAGUUGAGUAUGGCUGCUAGGUGUCAUUUGAGAUAUAGCUUAAGUGUACUUUAAGAUUUGAUAUCUUAUGCAAGGAGAUUGUGGGUGAAUGGAGUGCUGCAUUGAUCCCUGUUCGCUUAGCCUAGUGGUAUGGCUGUUGCGUUUAGGGGGACGUUGGACACACACUCACAUGCAUAUACACACACACACACACAGGAGUUUACAUGCUUGAGGACUGAGGAUCUCUACAUCACUUCAAUUGAAAUGGGGAUAUGCUAUUUGAUUUAUACCUUUUCAUAUCCAUGGCCACAAAACAUAACAUGUUUUCUAAGUACAUUGAAAACAGUUCUUUAAACAAGACCCGGUGAAUCACAAUAUGUAAACCUAUUGAUUUUGAACAGGGUCCAAAGUAGUGCACUAUAUAGAGUACCAUUUGGGAUGCAGACAUAUUUUUGCGCCAGGGAGUUGAAUAAAUAUGAGAUUGUUGUUCCUGAGUUAUAGUAGCGUUCUUUACGGUUUGCUUAGGCAUCUGGUAUUCCAGGCAUGUCCUUACAUUGUAAAACAUGUCAAUGUCCCUACAUUGUAAAACAUGUCAAUGUCCCUACAUUGUAAAACAUGUCAAUGUCCCUACAUUGUAAAACAUGUCAAUGUCCCAACGUGUCAAUGUCCCUACAUUGUAAAACAUGUCAAUGUCCCAACGUGUCAAUGUCCCUACAUUGUAAAACAUGUCAAUGUCCCAACGUGUCAAUGUCCCUACAUUGUAAAACGUGUCAAUGUCCCUACAUUGUAAAACAUGUCAAUGUCCCUACAUUGUAAAACAUGUCAAUGUCCCUACAUUGUAAAACAUGUCAAUGUCCCUACAUUGUAAAACAUGUCAAUGUCCCUACAUUGUAAAACAUGUCAAUGUCCCUACAUUGUAAAACAUGUCAAUGUCCCUACAUUGUAAAACAUGUCAAUGUCCCUACAUUGUAAAACGUGUCAAUGUCCCUACAUUGUAAAACGUGUCAAUGUCCCUACAUUGUAAAACGUGUCAAUGUCCCUACAUUGUAAAACGUGUCAAUGUCCCUACAUUGUAAAACGUGUCAAUGUCCCUACAUUGUAAAACGUUUUAUUGUAUGUUAUUUGACAUGGUACAGUGGGGCAAAAAAGUAUUUAGUCAGCCACCAAUUGUGCAAGUUCUCCCACUUAAAAAGAUGAGAGGCCUGUAAUUUUCAAGUAGGUACACUUCAACUAUGACUGACAAAAUGAGAAGUUGUCAUAGUUGAAGUGUACCUAUGAUGAAAAUUACAGGCCUCUCUCAUCUUUUUAAGUGGGAGAACUUGCACAAUUGGUGUCUGACUAAAUACUUUUUUGCCCCACUGUAUAUGAAAGCAGCAGAAUUGAUAAGUGACCAUUCACCUGGUUUGCUUAAUAUCUUUCUGGCAGGUUAUGUCGCGGUGCUCCUCUAUCACCGUACAACGUGUGAUGUACUGCUAGCUGCCGAGACGUUCUGUCUGUUUGGGACACAGUACCCUGGAUGCCUACCACAUGGCACCCUGUUCUCUAUGUUGAGAACUACUUUUUCAAAUCAAUAUGCUGGACCCUACUGGAUUUUAUUUUAAUGCUGUUCAUUCCAAGUGGCCUUUUACCAUCAUCAAAAAAUGAGUUAUUAAUUCAAGAUAUUUUUAGGAACUGUCCAUAAAAUGGAAUAGAUUGGAUGAAACUGAGUUUGUAAUCAUAUUAACGUACCAUUUUUCUAGUACCAUUCUGGGGAAAGUAUUUUAUGUGUAAUGUUUAAUUUCUGAAUAAUAAUACAAAGUACAACUUUUAAGUAUUGUAUUCUUGGUUGGUAUGUAUGUAUGUAUGUAUUGUCACGCCCUGACCUGAGUAUUCUUUGUUUCCUUUAUAUAUUUUGGUUAGGUCAGGGUGUGACAUGGGUGAUGUAUGUGUUUUCAUACUGUCUAGUGGUUUUAUAGGUUUAUGGGGUUGUUUACCAUCUAGGUGUUUAUGUAUGUCUAUGGUUGCCAAGAUUGGUUCUCAAUUAGAGGCAGCUGUUUAUCGUUCUCUGAUUGGGAAUCAUAUUUAGGCAGACAUCUUCUUUGGGUAUUUCGUGGGUUAUUGUCUAUGUGUAGUUGCCUGUGUCUGCACUCGUUGUCAUAGCGUCACGUUCGUUUUGUUUUUGUUUGUGUUCUUCAUUCAUUAAAAGAAGAAUGUAUUCUA